AUGAACUCUUUAGUGCAAGCAGCGAGGAGCAAUCCUCAGAAUGCUCUUGUCAGAGCUUCCGCGCGAGCGGUCCAAACCCACGGCAGGGCGCCCGCAUACCGCCGGUUACUAUCUACAGAGCUCAGUGGCAACGCUGCGCUAGCAUUCUCACGACAACCAUCCGCGUUCCGAACCACCCCGCUGCGGUCGCAGUUCCUCCCCGAAGAUGUCCGCUUCAUCUCGAGCUCGAUGCAAUCGCGCUCCUUCCGCAUGACGGCCCGACAGCUGCAGAAGCAGGAGACCGAAAAGCCCAAGCCCUCCGAGGAGACGAAGACCAAGGAAGCCGAUUCGGAGGCCAAAGAGGAGUCCACCGAGAAGAAGGAGGGCGAGGAGAAGACCGAGGGGAAAGAGGAGGGCCAAGAGGGCGAGCAGAAGCAAAAGAAGGAUGAUGCGCCGCCCCCUCCGCCCCACGGCGACAAGACCCCAUGGGAGGUUUUCAGAGAGACGCUGCAGACCGAGUUCAGCAAGUCCAAGGAGUGGAACGAGUCGACAAAGGCCCUUUCUGGGGAAAUCCAGGAUUUCGCCGAGAGCGAGAGGGUUCGCAAGGCCCGCGAGGCCUACGAGAAGUCGUCUGGUGCCAUUUCUUCCGCUGCAACCACCGCCGUUAAGACCACUGCUGGAGCAAUCGGCAAGGGUGCCGCCUGGACUUGGGACACUACCGCCAUGAAGGGUGUCCGCAAGGUCGCCAGCGUCACGGGAGACGCCCUCGACAAGGCGACGAAGCCUAUCCGUGAGACCGAGGCCUAUAAGAACGUCAAAGAAGUCAUCGAUGAUGGCAGCAGCUCCCGCUACGGCGGUUGGGUUGAGAAGGAGGAACGUAGGAAGAAGCGUGAGGCCGAGGCGCUCAAGUCUGGCAAGCCCGAGAUCUUCGAGGAGGACCCCAACGCCGGCACCAAUGUUACGCUUCACAAGGACGCCGCUUGGAAGGAGGCGUGGAGGGACUUCAAGGACUCCAACAAGUUCGCCCAGGGUUUCUUCAGCGCUGGCAAGGUAUACCGCGAAUCCGACAAUCCCCUCAUCGAGACCGCACGACUGGUCACGGACAAGAUUGGAGGCUGGUUCGCCGAAAACGAGACCGCGCAGGUCAUCAAGAAGUUCCGCACAAUGGACCCCAACUUCCAGACGGAACCUUUCCUGAAGGAGCUCCGCGAGUACAUUCUGCCCGAGGUUCUUGAUGCCUACGUCAAGGGCGACAUCGAGACCCUGAAGCUCUGGCUGUCCGAGGCCCAGUACUCCGUAUACGAGGCUCUGACGAAGCAAUACCUGACGGCCGGCUUGAAGUCGGACGGCAAGAUCCUCGAUAUCCGCCACGUCGACAUUGUCCGCGCACGCAUGCUCGACCCCGGUGAAAUCCCCGUCUUCGUCAUCACCUGCAGGACGCAGGAGGUCCACGUCUACCGCAACGCCAAGUCUGGCGAGCUCGCGGCCGGCAUGGAGGACAAGGUGCAGUUGGUGACAUACGCCAUCGGCAUCACCCGCGUGCCGGAGGACGUUAGCAACCCCGAGACGAGGGGAUGGCGUCUCAUUGAGAUGCAGAAGAGCGGAAAGGACUACUACUAA